CGCCUGUGUCCCCUCUUUACGGUUACCAGGACAACGCUAGCCAUUCCUCCCUCCUGGAGUCCUUGUGUCGAGCCUCUCCCGGUGGCACCUUACUGCUGGGUAUGAAGAGGUUGUCUGUGCUGCUGGUGGACUGCAGGAAAACAACGGGGCUGAGUGGAACUGUGAGGGGAGGAGAAGAGAUGAAAGGAUCAGAUUUGACACAUCAAAGAGGAAAACCAAACUUGGAGGAACCAGAGACGUCCAAACCAGCAAGACGACACCUCUGCUCCCAGAUUGGAAAGAGUUUUACCAAGUUAGGAAGCCUGAAAAGACAUAAGCGGACACACACAGGAGCGAAGCCACACCAUUGCUCCCAGUGUGGAAAGAGUUUCAAAUUGUUACGAACACUUAAAGGUCACGAGCGAAUACACACAGGGGAGAAGCCAUACCAUUGCACCCAGUGUGCAAAGCGUUUUACCCAUUUAGGAAGCUUGAAAGCUCAUGAGCGAAUACACACAGGGGAGAAGCCUUACUGCUGCUCCCAGUGUGGAAAGAGUUUUACCCAGUUAGGAAACCUGAAAGCUCAUGAGCGAGUACACACAGGUGAGAAACCUUACAAAUGCUUAGACUGUGGGAAGAUAUAUUACUCAUCACAGUCACUUAAAAGUCAUGAGAGAAUCCACACAGGGGAGAAGCCUUACCACUGCUCCCAGUGCGCAAAGCAUUUUAUGCAUUUACGAUGCCUGAAAGUUCAUGAGCGAAUACACACAGGAGAGAAGCCUUACUGCUGCUCCCAGUGUGGAAAGAGUUUUACCCAGUUAGGAAACCUGAAAGCUCAUGAGCGAAUACACACCGGGGAGAAGCCCUACCACUGCUCCCACUGUGGAAAGAGAUUUAACCAUUCAGGAAAGCUGAAAGAACACAUGAAACUGCACACAGGUGAGAAGCCUUACAAAUGCAAGUCCAACAUGAAUGUUCAAUACACACAAUAGGUUGAUUGCUAGCCAGUUAGCUAGCUGCUACGUCUUUGUCCGCACAGCAGCUAGCUAUCAACAAAGUCAAAAUGGACUCCAGGCCUGGUGGUGGCAGCAGUGCACUACAACCACUGUUUACCGGAGCUUCCUGAUGGGGAAAUAAUUAGGCUGUAUACAGAUUGAUUAACCACGUUUUCAUCCAAAGUGUUUAUUUGAGUCAAGUCAUACCGUAUAAAAAAACUCAAGACAGAUGUGAUGGAAACAAGUUUUCAGAAGACUGAGGUGGGUUUCCCCUCUAACUUUUUACCUGGGCUUUGCUCCUUUCAUAUUUAUUUUGAUCCUGACAAACCCCAAUCCCUGCCAGUGACAAGGAUACCCAUAACAUGAUGCUGCCACAACAAUACUUAUUGUGUGGUUAAUAUGUGGUCUAUCUCCAGGUCAUCAGACUGUUAAAUUGUCACCACUAGCCCGGCCUCCGCCCAGUACCCUGUCCUGAACUUAGUCACUGUUACUAGCCGUCUACCACCCAUUACUCCACCCUGUAUUCUAGUCAAGGCUCAUCCUAUAUAACUACUGCUAUUCACACCUUUCCUAUUAAAAUACGGUCCAUAAUGUCUAGACACACCAUCAUAUACAUUGUAAACCAACUCUAUAAUUAUAUUCCGGACUCUGACAUUGCUCGGUCUACUAUUUCUCAAUAUUUUUUCAUCCAUUUCUUCAAAGAAAUUGUGGGGAUUUGCAUGUGUUGUUUUGUUAGAUAUUACUGUACUGUUUCGCUACACCUGCGAUAACAUCAGAGAAAUGUGUGUAUGAGACCAAUAACAUUUAAUUUGAUUUGAUUUGAUCUGUGGUCAGAGGUGUGCAGACAACAGAAUGUGUUUAUGGUGGAGAGGAUGGUGGACUCAGUGGAGGACAUCCCAGCCACUUGGCAGUGCUGACUGGUAAUAGGACUUCACUGCUACUUCCUACCUGACUGGUAAUAGGACUUCACUGCUACUUCCUACCUGACUGGUAAUAGGACUUCGCUGCUAAUUCCUAUCUGACUGGUAAUAGGACUUCACUGCUAUUUCAUAGUUUUGAUGUCUUCAUCUAUUAUGCUAUAAUGUAGAAAAUAGUAAAAAAUAAAGAAAAA